UUGUUAUAAAUCGGUAUUAAAAAAAAGUUUGUUAUAAAUCCACUUUCCUACUCUGUCUACUUCAAAUAUUCACUCUUUUUCGAAACAUUUCUUAGUGCGCCUUUUUGCAAGUGUUCGAUAAAUUGUCUUGAAAUGGAUAUGUUGGGAGUGAACAACCGGAGCCCCAAGCAGAGCAAGAGAAGCAGGUCUUCAAAGGGGGUGAAGGUCGUGUACAUAUCGAGCCCCAUGAAGGUUCAGACUAGUGCCUCUAAGUUCAGGGAUCUUGUGCAGGAGCUCACCGGCAGAGACUCCGACGCCGAGCGGUUCAUGGAGACUAACGGCGGGGACGGUCACCACAAUCAGAACGUUGCCGACUUUUCUUAUGAGAAGCAACUCAAGGCUGCCGAUUGUGACCAUCAUGUAUUCCCUCAUCGUCAGAUUCCUUUCUCCAAUUCGAUUUAUGAGUUCCCUUAUUUCUCCGACUCUUUGUUUGAUUCAUUUACUGGGCAUUUUGAGCUCGACGCUCUCAGAAGCUUUGAUCAAUUUUAAGUCUUAUAGCUAGUAGGGAUAUGUAAUUACCCAUUACAGAUAUGUAUCCUGUUUCAUUUAUUUAACAUACUUUGCUUAA